AUGGCGACGCCCGAUCAGGAAGCAAUCGACACGUUCAUGAACAUCACGGGCGUCGAUGAGGCCACCGCCAUACGGAAGCUUGAGGAUCACCAUGGCAAUUUGAAUGCAGCUGUGAAUGCACAUUUUGGUGAAGGGGAUCAAAACCUAACUCAAGAAACAUCUUUUGCUGCUCCCCAAGAUGAUAUGGAGAUAGAUGAUCCACAACCGUUCGAGUCCCGCAGACCUAUUUCUUCACCAUUCCCAUUUGCCAGGGAUUUGAACCCUUUCUCUCUCCUGGAUCCCAACUUCACCAGAAAUAUAUUUGGUAUUGGUAGUGCUCCAGCUCCAUCACCUUUUGUCUCACACCCGAGAGAGGUGAGGGAAAUCCCAAUUGAGGUGAAAGACGGGAUUGGAGCAUCCAGUCAAUCUGGUGGUGCUCUCAGGAUUGAAGAUGUAACUGAAACUGCGCGUGAACAUGGUCCUGAGAUUCGUGGAAUGGUUAUAAUUGAUGAUGAAGUCGAUGAAAGAAGUUCACCGAAUUCGCCAAUCACACAAGCUGUCGGGCACGGGACUGGAGGCACCUCCACUAAUUAUAGACCAAGUGCUCCCACUGUUAUUGAUGUGCCUGACUAUGGAGAUGAGAUAGAAGAAGAAAUGAUUCGAGCUGCUAUUGAGGCUUCCAAGCAGGGUGUUAGAGUGCCAAAUCAAUUAUUUGACGAUCAUCUUGGUGCCAGGGACCCCUCUUCUCAGCAAGGAGGACAGUCUCACCAAGAAGAUGCUGAGCUUGCACGUGCCGUUUCAUUGUCAUUGCAGGAAAUCGAGAGACAACUAGCUGCAAAAGAAGCUUCUCUUCCUCAGGAGCCAACAGCAGAUGAUGAGAAUGCUGUUACCCUCCUUGUGCGUAUGCCGGAUGGAAAUAGACGAGGGCGGCGCUUUCUGAAGUCAGACAAGCUACAGUGUCUGUUUGACUUCAUUGAUGUUGGCAAAGCGGUCAAACCUGGCAGCUACCGAUUGGUGAGGCCAUAUCCUCGGCGUGCAUUUAGUGAUGGAGACAGUACCUCAUCUCUUCAUGACUUGGGUCUAACCAGCAAACAGGAAGCCUUGUAUCUGGAGUUGAUCUAG